AUGGCUGAUAGAAGGAGAGUGAAUGGCCCGUCGGGCGCAACGGUGCCUCCUGUCUACGACGACGAAGAUGUUGUUUCCACCCAAAGAACGCGGCCUGCGAAUGGCAUCCGAGCUAUCUACCUGAAAACUGGUGUCACACCUUCUGCAUCUGGCUCUGCUUACUUGGAGUUUGAACCCAGAGAGGGCUACUCAGGGUCUGGCAUGAAGCUCACAUGUACAGUACAUGGUCCAAGAUCACUUCCUCGAUCAGCUCCAUUCUCGCCUCACAUGGUUCUAUCAACACAUGUCAAAUAUGCUCCAUUCGCAACCAAACAACGGCGAGGCUACUUGCGCGACUCCAGUGAACGAGAUCUCAGCACACAUCUCGAGACAGCACUUCGCGGCACCUUAAUUGCUGAUCGGUGGCCCAAGAGCGGUGUUGAUGUUGUCGUCACGAUCAUUGAAGGCGAGCUUACACGUCAAGCUGCGCAGGACCAAGGGAUCGAGAGCUGGGAGAUGAUGAACGUUUUGAGCGGCUGCAUCACCGUGGCUUCGGCAGCCAUUGCUGAUGCCGGCAUCGAUUGCGUUGACACGGUAGCGGGAGGUGUUGCUGCCAUGGUCACCAAGGACAGUGACGAUCAACCUGCCAUUGUACUCGAUCCGGUGCCUUCUGAGCAUGGCCAGGUAUUGGCAGCUUGCUGUGUGGCAUAUCUCCCUUCAAGAGACGAAAUCACAAACCUCUGGUUCAAGGGGCGCCUACAGCCGUCAAAUACAGAGUCACAACGGCUUCUUAUAUCAAGAGCGGUGCAUGCAAGCAAAGGCACCUGCCAGGCCAUUUCGGCAUCGCUAGGUGAAGCCAUAACUGUCCAAUGA